CUAGUCGCUGAUCGAUCCACAUUUGACCAUCUAAGACCAAAAUGGUGAAAGUGAACUGACGAGAAAAAGCAUCUCGAAUUUUGGGAGAAUUUAAACGUACUUGAAUUUUGGGAGAAUUUAAAAGCACUUCAAAUUUAGAUCCCAGGAAGGGGUGGGAUUUCCUUCCUUUUGGUUCAUGCGUUUUGCGCACAGUCAGUGUGCUGUUAUAUCUACGACAUCAGCCUUGUGAAGCCCUCAGUAUCUGGGACUCAUUGGUUGCAGUGUGACUGUGCAUGGACUGGCAGACUCCUGUGAACCGCAGUGUAAAGGGUUCUCGUUUAUGUGACUCCAAAAGGGCACAUCCUGCGGCCUUUAGAUGAACUUUGAGCAACCUCCUCCGUACCCAGGGCCUGGGCCCUCUGCCCCGGGAUACCCCUCUGCCCCAGGUUACCCCACCCAGGGGUACGCCGGCCAGGGCUACCCCACGCAGGCGUACCCUCCCCAGGGGUACCCCGCCUACACGGAGCAGCCCAACCAGGGCUUCUCCAACUUCCACCCGGGGGCGGGGGAACCCUACGCCCCCCAGCCGGGGUACCAGGGGUACGGCCCCGGGCCCCACCCUCAGUACAACUGGCAGAAUGCCCCCCCGGUGGGCCCCGUGUAUGGAGAGCCCCCCAAAAACACAGUGUACAUGGUGGAUGACGGCCGGCGAGGCGGUUCGAUGGAUGGCACCUGUCUCACGGCCUGCUGGACGGCCCUCUGCUGCUGCUGCCUGCUGGACAUGCUCACCUAAUGACCCCACUGUGACCCCUCUGUGACCUCCUGACCUCUGAUCCUCCAAGGUCAUCCACAGCCCCAAAGAUGGUUUGGAACGGACAAAUAUUCCAUUUUUAUUUUAUUUUUAUUUUUUGCUAUUGAUUUACUUAUGAGAUGGGGGAUGCUAUUUCAGAUACUCUCCCAAGCAAUGAACAUCAAAAGCUUUUUUUGCAGGAGACCAAAUGCAACAAAUUUCAAAAUUAUAAUUGUGACAUUAAUUUAUAUGUAUUUACUUAGGAGUUAUUGUCAAAAGUUCUAAGAUUAUAGAAUGUUUUUCUCCUGAAUAAUUUCUGGGUUUAAGGUCUGCUGGAACUGAAGGUGUUUUUAAGUUAAAUAUUUUAAAUGAAACUAAAACAAUUUAAUAAAUGAUAUGUAAUACAUAUACAUAUAUAAUUACAUUGGUUGUAUUUUUGGGGGGUGUUGGCAAUCUCACGGUUUCAUAUUAGCGAUAUUAGGGGUUCUCUAAAAAUAUUUGAAUGCUGCUUUAAUCUUUUUAUAUUUACAUUCCUACAAAAGCAAAUAAUGCCAUAUGUAAUGCCACACAUAUAACUACACUGGAAUAAAGAGGCUGUUGUUUUCAUGA